GGACCGCAUGUGAUGUGCGAACACCAUCCUCGUUAUGCUCGCGAGCAGCAUGCGCCGCAUCAGUGAAUGAUGAGCCUCGCGGAAUUUCAGCGCAGGAAUCCGUACUGACUUUUCAGAGCAACGCACACGUUAUUCGCGACCCUGGAUAAUUCGCGCAGGGAGAAAUUGCCGAUUAACUUUCUUCAACUGUAAGCGUUUUAAAAAUACAACCGCAGUGACCGACUGGUCAAAAGAAACUUAAAAUAAUAUAAACUUUAAGAUUGAAAAUAAAAUUAUGCGAGAACGCAUUCUGCAUAACUAAAUCGUUAAACAAUAUGGAUACGUGUAAAAACGUUUUUAAUUUCGCAACCGUAACUGCACCGUUCUCUCCCUUUGGAGGACGAGUAAUAAUUCUCUCAGGGGCAUCUUUCACCGGAGCUCCAAUUGAACCGCUGGAAUCUGCGCAGAACUCGCGGACGGGCGCAUGAAAGUUCAGCCUCGGCCGAGUCGUCGUCGUCAUUCUCGGGGUAACGCUGAAGAUAAUUUAUGUAAUUCAUUCGGUUAAUAUCGGCGCGCCGUGUCGUAAAGCGUUCGCAUAACCAAUUUGGCACUAAAGACCCCGGCACGAGGGCCCUUUAAGGCCCCUCUCGCGGUGGGCAGUGCCAUAACAUUACGGGUUACGAGUCGCCCCGUCGUCCACAUACGUCGCAGUCAUCUUCGCCGUCGCCGUCGGUCCCCCCCCCCCCCUUGGUGCACGACGUUCUGCUAACCCUGUAUCCGCUCCCCGCGUCGCUCCUUUCUUUCCAACCUUCACCUUUUUCUUCGCAUUCGCCCGGGCGUCAGGUGGAGAGAAGCUGCGCGCGGCCGAUGGCGGAUGAUAUUAACAUGGUAACUGGUGGCCCCAGCAGGCGCUUUAUUAAAUUUGUACCAUAAGCAAUAUCGAGAGAUGCGGCCGGCCCGAGGGCGUUUCAAUUUGCCAGUCUGGAAAUUUAAGGGUCACUCCGUCUCGCUCGUUGCUAGUUGCUACCGCGCCGCCACUACCGAUGAUGCAAUGCGAUUAUUUUAUCGUAAUCGCAGUCAUAAACUUAUCACGAGUCGGAAAACAUGCACUUAUAUCAAUUUUAGUAAUCAUACGAAAUCGCGCAAGGUUUGACGACACUUCACUACACUGAAGAUUCUUAAAGAUGAGCUUUAAGAAUUUGUUUAACUGCAAAGAGCUACGAGAGAGCAGAGAGAUCUUGUUACGGACCGCAACAUCUCUCUUCACAAAUCACGUACGACAUUUAAGGUCGCAGCGAGUGCAAAGCGAAAGUUUCAACCGCGAUCGAUAUUUUUUGCGACGCUAAUUCGAACUCGUAUCCGAUAGAUCAAGUAUCAUUGUUUAUUAUAUUUCAUGAAUUAAAUAUUAUUAGAUGAAAUAUAAUAGUGUAACACAAAAUUACGAGGAUUACGUCACAGAAUAAAAUCUGCAAUACGGCAGAGUUCUAAGAUUCGCCCAUUCUAAAGAACGCUCCUUUAUGGUAUAAAAUUAGUAAUUUACUUCUGCCUGGAUUCUCUAGACAUGUUGCUACACUUACAUACUUUUAAAAUGCACGGAUAGUGCAUUCUUAAAGAUUAUAGAAGAAUAAAGGGAAAGGUAUGCGACAUGUAGUCGCAUGAUCCUCUUACAAUUCAAAAUUUAUUAUUUACACGUUUUGCUUCAUUCGUCCGCGCUGAAUAAAGGUUAAUUCAAUGUUUCAUCUGCGUCAAUAAAUAAUGGUCGAAUACUGUUUACAGCAACAAUGCCGGGAUAUCUACGUCGCAGUCCCGGUGACGCGCUGCGGCGAGAAAGAAAGGAUACGAAACGAAAUGACAUAAUAAGAUGUCGGUGCCAACGGUACCAUACCGCUAAUGAUUACAAAUGACUGGACCGAUAUACUUGUGCCGACCAAAAGAACGAGUUUCGUGAUCGAUCGGCCAUAGCAAUAUCACUCGAUUCGAUUUGGAACUCGCCGGUGUCCUCACGAAUUUCUCGGCCGACUUUUCUCUCGUACGGUACUAUAGAAAAUUCCGAUAAUAAUUUAAGAAGAAACAAAAUUUUAUUAAUUAGUGUUUAAUUUUAAUUGCCUAAAAUAAAAAUGGAAAAUAAUUAACUUUUUGAAUUUUAAUGAAGAGAGAAGUUAGGCAUAUUCUCAAAAAGAGAAUGUAAUUUUAUCGAUCCUUUUGUCAAACGCGCACGAUGUUCGUUAUUUACAUCGAUAUAAUUGACAAUGUUAAUGUUAUUCAUCAUAUGAGAGAUGACCUGUAACCAAAAUAGUUAGCUAAAUGGAUAAUAAGACGAAUAUGCUAAUCGUCAAGAAAAAACGAAGAAUUUCUAUUCCUAAAAAUUUAAAUACUAUUCAAUCUUGGAACAUUAUUGGGCCGAUUGUCGCUCAAGAACUCAAGGCGUUCGAUUACAUUCCAAUUCCAUAUUGCUUUGAUACAAACGCGUAUAAAAUUGGACAUAUUUUUGUACCAAUCGGUACUCAGAUAACAUGUUUUCGCCGCGUACCAGUUCUGAAAAUACUCGGGCCAAUCCACGAUUUUGCAGUAAAAAACGAGACAAAUGUCAAAUGGCUUGACAAGGAAUUCCGUAGUGUCCGAACGUCCGGCGAUCAAAUGGAUUUUCGGAUAAUCAUAGAACAUGGAAAAAAUCAGCUGAGUUUUACAGGUCGUGAUUAUUAUUUUCUCAGCAAAGCGUACGAUAUGUCGAUUGAAGGAAACGUGGUGAUAAAUCGCGCAGCUCACGAAGAUUUAUUGAAUACCAAAUGGAUCGGACUGAUAACAAAUGUGAUUGUUACGAGAAUAUUCGAGUUUCAUAUUGUUAGAGACAUAUGUGAAAGAGUGAUAUAUACAGGCGAUAGUGAACAUACUAUUCUUUUUAAAUACGACAUAUGUGAAAUUGAUCGGCAUGGGACAGUAGUAAAAUCUAAAACGGAGAAAAUACGCUGUAAAUGGUCGCCAGUAGGAAAUAAAAUAUCAGACAGUCUCCCAUUAACCAAAUUUCAAAAUAAAACGUCUGAUAAAACAUGACAAUCCUUUUCGUUUGAACAAUUUAAAAGAUGUUUGCUAAAGCUUUUUCUCCUAACUUUUUAAUUAUAUACAUCAUUCUUUAUAUUUAUAUAUUUAUAUCAGAUUACUUAUAUACACCCAUUAUAUUCUAUCGCGUCUCCUCAAAAGAUCACAAUGGCCCCAUUGUCACAAAAGCUUUUUUUCCUCCCUGAUGCUUAUCCCUGAUGUUAAACGGUGCAGUUUCUAGACCCUUCAGCUGCAUAUAAAUUGUGACAAUACAAUACAUUCGUCACCUUAAAAUAACAGAACCAGUUCAUUCCAGACGUGGUAUCUUUCCGAGCGGCACGGAACAGACCGUGACACUGAUGACACCGAUGAGAACAAGGCGAGAUACCGCACAAUUUAUUUCCAUUUUCCGCGCGGUGUAUGCGCCCGCGGGCACAAGUGCACGCAAUGCAAGCACGUAUCCACACACGGGUCCCGCCGCGGUAGAUCGGACUCGCGAUAUCGGCUGGUCCCGCGGUCGGAUCGUGCGUGCAUCGCGCAUGAGUUAUUGCGAGAUCGGUCGGAACGCGCGAAAUUCAAUAAAGUUAUUUCCACCAGCGCGCGGUAACCAAAAAAAGUAACAAAAGGAGGAACAGAAGAGACGAAGAAGAUGAGGGCGGCGUACAAUUGCGGUUGGAUUGAAUUAUCGGCGUUAAAUUCCGCGUUUUAUGCGCGCGAUCGUUCGCUCGCCCUGUCAGCGCCGUCGGAUGGAGACAUUAUAAAUGUUAAUUGCACGAAUUGCACAGCCAUCGUGCGCAACGUUGUUUUUUUUCCCUCCCUUUUCCUCCGUGUGGGUUUCAUUCUCUCUCUUUCUCUCUCUCUCUCUCUCUCAUCUGCAUUUUCUCUCACUCUCUCUCCGCAACUCUUCUCAUCUUCUUGCAACGUCGUCCCCGACUUCGCAUCUUCUUUUCUCCCGCACCCCCGCCAUUUCCUGUCUCUCUCCGCGUGUGACGCACCCUUCCUCCCUCUCGCACAGACUGCAUUUGCAUCUCAAUCUCGCCGUUGAUUUAGCAGUCGUCCGGGGCCAUCACUCUUGCCGCGGGUAAGGUCGGCUUCAGUAUUUUUAGAUUAGCCGGUCGCGAUAUAUGCGGCUUCUCGCGCAGUACUUUUUCGGGGGAGCGUAGAGUGGGAUGGGACCUCUCGUCUCUUCCUUUUUGAGGCAGGAAAGGGAGUACGCGCGUCCUUAAAUUGCAGACGGAGACGGGCCAGGGAGAAACCAGGAAAAAGAUCCGCGAAGGAGGUCGAGUUUUGUCCUUGAAAUGCGCGAAUGCACGGGGAUGUGUCACGGGUCAGUGACUUCUUUUUCUCUGUACUCGCGCGCACGCUCGCACUCUGGAAAACGAGUUGUCGUCCGUGUCGUGACUCGUGGAAGUCGAAUUUGCGUUUCGCGGUCGUGUCCCGUUAAAAAUACAAGCCGCUUCGUGCAUCAUGCAAACCCGUAAAAGUGCGUUCGGUAAACAUAUUUUUUUUUUGUAUAAAAAAUUAGAAGCCUUUAAGAGACGUAAUGAUAAUUUCAAUCCCUAAUUAGUUAGGAUUGUUGAGUCUCAAGCAAUAGGCAUGAGAAAACGCAGGUAAAACGACGUUUGAUUCACAGUUCGACAUAAGGGUCGCGACAAAGCGUUCAAUUUCUCAGUUCCACAUUUUAUCGAGAUUUAUGAUCUAGCUACGCAUAAGGGCGUAAAAACGUCGAAAUCCUCGCAGCGCCUCUUUAUUUACGAAAGGGCAACGACACCAUGGGUCACAUAAUAAAACGGCGUUUAUUACGGCACAGCUCCCGCAUUGCGCCCGUGCUGGAGCAUCGGUCGGAUACUAUAUCAUGUUACAAGUUAACUUUUAUGACGGCCCACCUGCCGCCAUCUUGGAAUGCGUAAAUAAGCACUAUCUUGAUCUUAAUGUACCCGCUGGAACCAGAUAGCACGGCUGUGACAAUCGUGGCUGCACCAGAAAGCAACAGUGUUAUACGAAACUGAGAAACUAACCGAAAGCUGAAUCGACAUUUAAGCCGCAAGAAUUGGUCUCCAAUUUUCCUGAAUUUACACGAAGAGAUUUUUUGUCGCGCAAAUUUACGCGUAUGUUGAUAAACUUGAGACAACUUUCUCUUGGCAACAUAUCAAAAGUUAUAUUUUAUUGUCAAAAUACGUAUGAUGUACAAUACAUACAUAUAAUACAUCAGAGAAUUACAUAAUCUUUUUUUGAAAUACAACAUUUCCAACAUUUCGAGAACACAAGUCGACUUCCUUCGCGAUUUUCAGGAUAAAUUA